CAAUUUUCUAGCCACUUGUGCUAGGAGGUUAUCAGCGUCAGAUCCCUUUCGAUGAUGGUUUCACUUACCAUCGUCUUCUUCUUGCCGGUCUCCUUAAUAAGCCUAAAUAGCUGGCGGGUACUACCCAGCUCUGAUGUCUUCUCCAUUACUCUUGGUUUCACCACCCACCACUGCUUGCGAUUAUUGCGAAGACACUUGGUCAAUUUACGUUUAAGUUGCUUUGAAUCUUCAUCGUGGUCAGAACCAGCAAGAACCAGUCUUCUCGCAUUAAUCAGUUCGGAUGACGUUGGUGAAAUCCAGUGACGUCUGCUAACCUUCAUGUGUAGGUUACCAAUUGUCUUUACCGUUGUUUCUACUGAAGACUUAAUAUGACGCCAGGUUUCCUCAGGAUUCGAAUUGCUAUCAUGUUCAGAUAAAAAUGCCUAGCUAUCUCUUCCUAAAAUUCGGACUUGACGUCCUCAUCUUCCAAUCGACCAUGGGAAGGGUUCACUGUUGCCUGCUUCCUGCGACUUAUAAGGCGCAG